CACUUCUGUAUUUUGCAAGAGGAGUGUGAGAAGGGAGGAGGAAGAGGGUGCUUUCUAUAUCAGUCCUACUAUUUACUCUGUGUCCUAAUCUGUACAUUCAUUCUUGGGGUCUUCUGUUCCUGCUUCGUCACUCAGAGAAAGGACUUACCUCACAUACUUUUCCUUAUUGAUGAAAAGUCACAGUAAAUAUCUUUGAAGAUGGAAAAAGGGUACACACCACAGGAAUCAGCACCACCUUACCCUGGUCCUCCUGCAAAUUAUGGAGGUGGGAUGCCUCAGCCAGGGAUGUACCCUUCACCCCCACCUGCAGGAUACCAAGGAGGUCCUCCUUUUGCUCCGGUUACAAGUGUGCCUACCACAACAGUGACUCAUAUGGUGGUAACACCCGGACUGCAGGACGUCCCAGGACAAACUAUGUGUCCUCACUGUCAGCAAACUGUGGUGACUCAGACAGAGUACACAUCAGGCCUCAUGACUUGGCUCAUCUGUGGUGGCCUAUUCAUUAUUGGGUGUAUCUGCUGCAGCUGUAUCCCAUUCUGCGUCGAUGGCUGUAAAGACGUGGAGCAUCACUGUCCAAACUGCCAAAGAGUCAUCUACAUAUACAAACGGAUAAAGUGAAAGUAUUCACAGUGUCAAAGGGAGAGAUUGUCUGAAUGUAUCUGACGUCCCUUCAACAACAUCAAAUAUCCAAAUGUGUGCAGUACUAUUCUAUUACUAUUAUUCAGUUAUAAUUUUGUAUCACUUCCUGUCUUCAAAAAUGAAUCGACUGGAAAAUAUGUUGACCAAUAUUAAACUAUACCAAAGCAAAGUGAAAUAUU